GUUAUAUAUAAGAUACGUUUGAUUUUUGAAUAUCAUUUCACACAAACUAGAAACAUGAGCGAAAUUAGUGUAGCUGACAGUAAAUACGGGUUUGACCUUGAUAACAGAGAUCCAACAGGGAAAAACGAACAUGUCAGGGUUUGGUUUGAAGACGCAUUUGCGGAGCCGGAUGGAACUCACUCAGUAAAAGGUGUUUGGUCGUGUAGUUACAAAACUUUUCGAUGUGCUAAAAGUUGCUGGUACAUCUUUUUAUCGAUUUUAUGCGGUGGGCCUUGCGCCCUCUUGUGGGGAUUUGUGUUUGCUUGUCAGAGUUGCUACCACAUUUGGUGUAUUGGACCGUGUGUCAAAGCAAUGACGAUUGACUUGGGUUGUUGUAAGUUCUGCUGGUCGACCUGCGUCCGCUGUUGGCUCGAUCCAUGCUAUGAAGCUGUUGGCCGAAUGUUCGGCGACAUAAAGUUCCGUCACAAAUACGAAGUUGUUUAAUUGUAGCCUAUACAUUUCGUUUUGUAAAUAUUGUGCGAUGAUUUAUUAUUGUUAUACUGAUGAAACCUGGUACACCCAUAAUUUUAAUGACUUAAGUUGGAAAGGAUACCUUACAUGAAUGUGUACCACUGUAUAAAUGCCAUACGCUAAAUUUUAAAAUAUGAACAGCCCGACUAGUUAAC